AUGUUUGACAAACGGCAAAACAAAAGGGAAAAAGAGAAGAACACCCAUCCUGCGACCUAUUGUAGCGGCCACGCGGUACGAUGUUUCGCCGGUGGUCCCCGGAAGAGCAACGAGUCUCAAUGUCCGAUGCUGCAGAAGGUCGAGAAGCCCGUCCUCUCCUCAUCUACGACGACUACGCCACCGAUGGUAUCGACCAAGUCGACGAUUGUGAGAAACCACCUGAACAGUACCUGUAGCGUGACGAAUUCGCCUCAUCAAAAGAAACUGAGAUUCCACUUGGCGAAAGAGAGGAAGGCCAGUACCACGUUGGGAAUUAUAAUGAGCGCCUUCAUCGUCUGCUGGCUACCAUUUUUCGUGUUAGCCCUGGUCAGGCCAUUCCUCAAGAAUCCAGACGCCAUCCCAGCAUUUCUAUCCAGCCUGUUCCUCUGGCUCGGUUAUUGCAACAGCCUAUUGAACCCUAUCAUUUACGCGACCUUGAACAGAGACUUCAGGAAGCCAUUCCGCGAGAUCCUGUACUUCCGCUGCAGUAACCUGAACCAUAUGAUGAGGGAGGAGUUUUACCAAAGCCAAUACGGAGAUCCUAUUAACAAUUGCGAGAUCAAGGCCGGCGAGAUGGACGACGCUGAGCGUCUCAACAAUCAGGGUAUCGAGGCGAUCGAUAUCGCCACGAGCGCUCCAAAUGAGAGCUUCCUGUGA